GAAAUUAUUCAUAUGCCUUUUGAUCCAUAAGAGCAAAGGUUGUGUUGUUAUUAAUAUAUUAAUACAUUUUUUUAUCUUCGCGAUGUCCAGAGUUUUCAUUUUGCUGUCCGUCGUUUUUCUCAGUAUUUAUCAAACUGAGCAAGCACAUUUUCUCACCGACGAUUACAUUGAUCAAGUAAACAAUCAAGCAACAACAUGGAAUGCUGGUAAAAAUUUCCCUUCAAACACUCCCGCAGAGUACUUUAAGAGUAUUUUGGGAUCCAAAAACAAUGGAAAAUGGUCGGACGGUCCGUACAAAAGGAAAGAUCCGAAUUAUAACAACUUUCCUGACGUUUAUCAAUCGUUCGACGCGAGAAACCAUUGGAAUCAAUGUCAAACAAUCGGUCACGUCCGCGAUCAAGGAUACUGCGACAGCAGUUGGGCAUUGUCUACCUCAAGCGCUUUAUCCGACCGCUUAUGCAUAGCCACCAAUGGGAAAUUCAACGAAAGUCUUUCAGCCGAACAUGUGACAUUCUGUUGUCGUUCAUGUGGCGAUGGAUGUAAUGGUGGGCGACCAAUUAAGGCCUGGUUAUACUUCAAUGAUAAGAGCAUUGUCACCGGAGGAGACUACGGCACAAAUGAGGGUUGCCAACCAUACAGAGUACCGCCCUGUACAUUUGACGAAAGAGGAAAUAGCUCAUGUACCGGAAACCCGAUCGUGAAAAGACACUCUUGCAACCGAAAUUGUUACGGACAUGUCAAGGGCUCUUUCUUCAACACAUACACCAAAGACGCUUACUAUCUUAUGCCGGAAUAUAUUGAAAAUGACGUGGUGGCUUACGGCCCAGUCGAAGCGUCAUUCGACGUAUACGACGACUUCAUACACUACAAAUCUGGUGUCUACAUGAAGACGGAAACCGCUACUUACUUGGGGAGACACUCCGUGAAAUUGAUCGGUUGGGGAGUCGAAGAAGAAGUACCAUACUGGUUGAUGGUGAACUCGUGGAACUCCACAUGGGGUGAUGAGGGAACUUUCAAGAUCAAAAAAGACACCAACGAGUGCGGAAUCGAGAACUCCAUAACAGCCGGUGUGCCCGUUGCCGGUAAAAAUUUCCCUUUGGACACUCCUGUCGAGUACUUUAAAAGCAUGUUGGGAUCCAAAGGCGUUGGAUCAUCGUCGAACGGUCCGGUCAAAACCGUAGAUCCUAAUUAUGGCAAUAUCCGUUACAUCCCCCGAACGUUCGACGCGAGGAAAAAGUGGAAGAACUGUCCGGUCGGUCACGUCCGAGAUCAAGGACAGUGCGGCAGCUGUUGGGCAAUGUCGACUACGAGCGCUUUUUCCGACCGCUUAUGCAUAGCAACCGAUGGAAAAUUCAACCUAUCGCUUUCGGCUGAACAAUUGACCUUCUGUUGUUAUUAUUGCGGUUUUCAAUGUUUAGGCGGGUGGCCAAUCCAAGCCUGGAGAUACUUUAAACAUCACGGCAUUGUCACCGGAGGAGACUACGGAACUAACGAGGGUUGCAAACCAUACAGAGUGCCACCGUCUGAAGAUGACAAUAGAGCAAACAUCAUGGGCCGUGCACAAUCGGAUCUAAAUGGAACAACCACAGUUACGGAGUCACCAGAAUUGUCCACAACGUUAGAACAGGAACCACAGGAUAAACACAGCUGCAAGCGAGAAUGUGAUGGAGACACCAGCCUCAGUUACACCGACGAUCUUUUCUAUACCCGAGACGCGUACCACCUUACAGAUGCCAUGAUUCAAAAGGACGUGAUGGUUUACGGCCCAGUCGAAGCGUCUUUUGACGUGUACGAAGACUUCAUGAACUACAAAUAUGGCGUCUACGCGAGGACGGAGAACGCUACCUACAUGGGAGGACAUUCCGUGAAAUUGAUCGGUUGGGGAGUCGAACAAGGAGUACCUUAUUGGUUGAUGGUCAACUCAUGGAAUUACGAGUGGGGUGAUUGGGGAACGUUUAAGAUCCGAAGAGGCACGAACGAGUGCAGAAUCGAAGAUUCGGUGACAGGCGGUGUGCCUCUUACUUAG